AUGGCACCGCGUCGUCAAAUGACUGAUGCUGAAAAGGCAGAAAAGAAUAGGAAGCAAAGAGAAAAAAGAGCGCAAGAAGAUCCAGAGGCUAGAGAAAAACGUUUGCAAGACAAUAGAGCCAGGGCACAAUAUGUGCGCGAUGAGAAAAAGCAGCGUCUCGAUCAAAAAGUUCAACGUCAAACCCAAGAUAAAGUAGACAGGCAAGUGCGUCUAGACGUAGAAGCGCCAAGACGUAAAGAAAACCGAGCUCAAGAGCCAGACGAAAUACAACGAGCUAGGCUACAAGAGCAAGCAUUGCGACAGCAAGCUCUGCGUGAAGAGGAAAGUGAGGAAGAAAGGCGUGCAAGGCUAAGAGAUCAAGCAACAAGACAGCAAGCUGUACGCGACGCAGAAACCGCUGAUGACAGGAGAGUAAGGAUGAUCGAGGAUAACUUGCGUCAUCAAGUCCUACGCGCCCAAGAGACGGUAGAAGAGAGGAUGUCGCGUGCCAUGGCUGACAGAUUGCGUCAUCAGAUGUAUCUGGUUGAAGAAACGGAAGAAGAGGCGGAAAUACGUAGGGAACUUAACAGGGAACAAACAGCCAACUACAGAGCGGCAGAGAUAGAAGAAGAAAGGGAAGAAAGACGAGAAGAGAGUCAAUUUCGAAUGGAACGUUUGCGAGAAGAGAGAGAGGAAGACGAGGAAUUACUUCGUGCCAUAAAUGCAUUGGAACAUGCUGAAAUUUUACCAUUGGAAAAGGAGCGCACUUUUCGCGAAGAGCUAUUGACUGCCCGCAACCGUGCGGGAGUGCCAGGAACUCAUAGAGCGGCUUGCAAAACAUUGGCUUCCGAAGACCGUGUCUUAAUGCACGAUUGUGGAGAAAUGACCGUCACGUGCGGCGAAUGUAAUGCCAGGCAUUUCAAGGGUGAACAACCGACAGACAAGAAAUUCACCCAAUGCUGCGCAAAAAGAAAGGUGAUUCUCCCACCUCCAAAAGAGUGCCCCCAACCGCUGGUUAAACUAUUGCAGAAUGACCAUCCAAAGGCGAAAGCGUUUAUGAAGAAGAUCCGCAAUUACAACAGCGCUCACGCUUUUGCUUCGUUGGGAGCCAAUAUUUCAUCUCCCCCAGGGCGUGGACCCUAUGGUUUCAGAAUCCACGGUCAAGUGUACCACAACACCACACCCGUAGGCCCCAAUACGAACAAUCCUAGGUAUGCGGAUCUUUAUUUCAUGGACGCUGCGCAGGCUGGCGAGUUCAGAGCGCUUUCCACCUCAAACGGAGGAUGCUGCAGGAACUUGAUGGAGGAAUUGGACGCAAUGCUCCGAGAAAAGAAUCCGUACGCAGCCAUUUACAAGAUGAUGCGUCAAGUGCUUGAAGAAGAGUACCACCGAGCCCAAGAUGAGAAUCUACCACACCAAACAAUAGGAAUGAUCAUCAGCAGUGAUCGAAGAAAUCUAGAUCAGAGACGUUACAACAGCCCGAUGACAAACGAGAUUGCUGUGAUUUUCAAAAGCGCAAACGGUGAGCCGCCAGCAAAGAGAGAUAUCCGUGGCCAUCUCUUCAUCCCAGUCAGAGGGAGAACAUUCGUUCAGAUUGACACACAACAGCCCAUGUGCGACCCCAUGACAUAUCCUUUGCUCUUCCCUAACGGUGACGAUGGCUGGCAUGUAAACAUGCCUUAUACCACCACUACACGACGUGAAAGAGAGGAAGCAGCAGCACGGGCAAUGGAUGUGGAUGAAGAGGAAGAGAUCGAUCUCCCAAGACUUAAUGAGAUGGUGCGGCUAGAAAAUGCACCAGUAGAAGCCUUAGCUGGUGAGGAAGAGCUGGUGGAAGAACCAGAACCGGAACCAGAGGAGCAAAUGGAUGAUGACGAUAACGACCCCCAUCGAUUGAAUCGUGGCGAAGGAAGACGAAAAAGGGUCACGCAGUGCGAAUUUUACAGCUUUCUCAUGUCGAUUCGGGAAAAUUUCAACAACGUCUUGGCCCGCGGAUCACUCACUCAGUAAUGGACGGUCGAUUUUUAUGUCAAGAUUGAAGCCAACCGCGUCAAGUACAUCCGCGAACAUCAGGCGGAGCUGCAUGUGGCUCAAUACGACGGUCUCUUGGACUACUUGCUUAAUCGCGCCGAACGAGAAAACCUUACGUCUUAUCACGUCCUCCCUUCGAGUUUCAUCGGAAAUCCAAGGGCGAUGAAGCAAGCGUACCAAGAUGCAAUGGCCAUCUGUGGUAAAUUCGGCAAGCCAGUAUUCUUCCUGGCUUUCACCUGCAACCCAAAGUGGAGGGAAAUCACGGCCAACAUUCCCAGCCAUCUGUCGGCACCAGAUCGGCCCGAUAUAGUCGCAAGAGUCUUCCAGCAAAAGAAAAUUGAGUUGGUCAAUGACAUUGAAAAGUGGCAGGUGCUGGGAUUUGCGACUGCACGGAUACACGUCAUUGAAUUUCAGAAGCGUGGAUUGCCCCACUUUCACAUGCUCAUUUGGAUCGAAGAGCGUGACGCCCCUGCUACAGCGGAAGAUGUGGAUGCAACCAUGUGCGCGGAAAUUCCCGAUAGAACAACGCAUCCGAGACUUUAUAAGAGCGUCAUGACCCACAUGAUUCACGGUCCGUGUGGGUUAAUCAACAAAAAGUCCCCUUGCAUGGACGGCGACAAGUGCUCAAAGGCUUUUCCGAAGCAACAUAGCCAAGAAACACUCCUAAACGAUAACGGCUACCCCACUUACAGACGAAGAGAUACGUUCGUUGUACACCGCUUGAAACGAGGACACACGCAUUUCGAAGUUGACAACAGAUGGGUCGUUCCUUACAACCCUUGGUUAUCCCUCAAGUAUGGUUCCCACGUCAACCUCGAAUACUGCGCAUCCAUCGUCCGCGUAAAGUACAUCUUCAAGUACGUCUACAAAGGGUACGAUUGCCUGAAAAUGGAUCAAAAAGUGGGAAUGUAUCAUCUGGUACAAGGCGAAGAACCAAGGGUGGAGUGGGACGAAAUCACGUUCCAUCUUGAAGCGCGUUACGUCAGCGCGCCGGAAGCCUGUUGGUGA